GCAUAGUGGAAACAGACUGCCUGGAUUUGAAGCACAGCUCUGCACCUUAACUUCUCUGUGCCUCAGCAUCUGCAUCUGUAAAAUGGGAAAUAACAAUGCAUACCUCUGUAGCCCACAGGCCCUAGAGUGGUUUCUGUGAACCCCACUGCUUGGUAUUCUGUCUUACGUAACUCCUCAACUUCAAUGUGGGAAGGACCUGUGAUGUGCUUCUUACCAAUAGAAUAUGGCAAAGGUGAUGGGAUGAAUGUGAUCAACAUGUAAGUGAUUGUUACAUAAGACUGUAACACCAGUCUUGCAACGAGAUUCUCUUCCUUACUGACUUUGAAGAAGCAGGUUGUCAUGCUGUUAAUCGCUUGUAGUAGAGGGCCACUGGACAGGAAACUUGGAACAGCUUCAGACCAACAGCCAGUAAGAACGUGAGACCCAGUUCAACAGCCCACAGGAAACUGAAUGUUGCCAACAACCAAGUGAGAGAAGAAGCUGAUCCUUCCUCAACUUUGUCUUAGAUGGACCCAAUUCAAAAAGCUGUAAUAAAUCAUACAUUUGGUGUUCCUCUUCCUCAUCGAAGAAAGCAAAUCAUAUCAUGCAACAUUUGCCAGUUAAGAUUUAAUUCUGAUAGCCAGGCUGCGGCCCACUACAAAGGCACGAAACAUGCCAAGAAGCUCAAAGCACUGGAAGCCAUGAAAAAUAAGCAGAAAUCUGUAACUGCCAAGGACAGCGCAAAGACUGCCUUCACCUCCAUCACUACCAAUACCAUGAAUACCAGCUCUGACAAAACAGACAGUACAGCAGGGACACCAGCAAUAUCAACGACGACAGCUGUGGAAAUCCGCAAAAGCAGUGUUAUGACAACUGACAUCACCUCUAAAGUGGAAAAAAGCCCCACGACAGCCACUGGCAAUAGCUCAUGUCCUUCCACAGAGACUGAGGAAGAAAAAGCAAAACGGCUCCUUUACUGUUCUCUAUGCAAGGUUGCUGUCAACUCCGCCUCACAGCUGGAGGCGCACAACAGUGGUACUAAGCACAAAACCAUGCUAGAAGCCCGGAAUGGAAGCGGGACAAUCAAAGCCUUUCCUAGGGCAGGAGUGAAAGGCAAAGGACCAGUUAAUAAGGGAAACACGGGCCUUCAAAACAAAACAUUUCACUGUGAGAUCUGUGAUGUGCAUGUCAACUCGGAAACACAACUUAAACAGCACAUUAGCAGUAGAAGGCACAAAGACAGAGCUGCUGGGAAGCCCCCGAAACCUAAAUACAGUCCUUACAACAAACUACAGAAGGCGGCACAUCCAUUGGGGGUAAAAUUAGUGUUUUCAAAAGAACCUUCAAAGCCAUUGGCUCCACGAAUUCUACCAAACCCACUGGCAGCUGCGGCAGCAGCUGCUGCUGUAGCAGUGAGUUCCCCCUUCAGUCUUCGAACUGCUCCAGCAGCAACACUGUUCCAGACUUCUGCGCUUCCUCCAGCACUCCUGCGGCCAGCUCCUGGACCCAUUCGGACCGCCCACACUCCUGUGCUGUUUGCUCCUUACUGAAUUCCAGAUGGGAGUAAUUGUACUGCAAUAAUUUUUCAAAAAACAAAAAAAACAAAACAAACAAAAGAGAACUAUGCAGUGUUUAUUUAUAGUUUAAAGUCUAUCUGAAGAGCCAGGACUUUUGAUAGUGAAUUGAAAAGAUUAUUAA